GAGAGUGUGUGUGUGAGAGAGUGUGUGUGUGAGAGAGUGUGUGUGUGUGUGUGUGUGUGUGUGUAUGUGAGAGAGUGAGAGAGAGAGAGAUGAGGUUUAUUAAUAAACAUGAUACUCUAGAUUAUAGUUCCUCUUGUCUAAGAUAACUUAGCGUGAUUUUGACAACACUAGAGCUGUCUUGUCUUUAGCUGGUCUGUUUGGUCGGGUGUUGCUGUUGUCAAGUACAGGGAAACAUGUUUGGUAAGUGACCAGGUGACAGAUGGAGGGAAAAGGCCCAUAUCGCAUCUAUGACCCCGGUGGGAGUGAUUGCCAGGUCAAAGACGUGGCCAGCAGCCUUGGCUACAGACAGCUGCUAGAGGAGAACAGCACAUUGAGAGAGAGAAUGAAGGGUCUGAAGAGUUUAGGAGACCUGUUAGAGGAGUCUCAGACAGAGGCAGCCAAGCUUCGGAAGAGGGUAGAGGAGCUGGUGAGGGAUAACGAAGCCCUGAAGUCAUCCACGACCAGCUUUGCCUCCAGUCUGUGCAUGGGUGCACCCAUUCAGACAGAGACGCACGGUCAUGGCAAACAUCACAGUCAUCCUGCAACAGAAAGGCAAGAAUCACGAGAUUGCUUAAUUGGAAAUACUUUACAACCAGAGGCAACUGAAAGUUCGUCUGAGUUUGAAGUGGUGAAUAUGGAAGAGAAGACAAUCUCUGAAACCCAGACGCCUGGAGUGAUGCACAUGCCCGAGGAGAACGUGGAGCUGGCGAGUCAACUCCGGCGACUGGAGAGUUCUUUCAGUGUGUUUGCUGAAGAGUCCAACCCAAAUCAGCUGCUGGCUCAUCUUGGCCGCAUGGCUGUGGAGUUCCACCAUCUCUCAUCCAAAGUCCAGAAGAACGAACAGAGAACAUCUCUCUUACAGACACUCUGCGAACAGCUAAGACAAGAAAACAACGAGCUUAGGAAAAAAAUGGAAGAGGACCUUCAGUAUCGCAACCGAGAUUUGGAACAGCUGAGACAGGAGAACUUGAAACUUAAGGAGCAGGUCGGCGGAGCAGCCCUGACUGAGCAGCCGAGCCCAAAGGAGAAGCCAGUGAAAGAGGAGGCUGCCAAAACCAAGGUGGAAAUGACCAUGACUCAGCAGUCUGGUAAAGCUGUGGAAAAAACCCCAUCAAAGACCCUUAAUCCGGAGGUUUACGAGAAGAAGAUCAAGCUUCUGGAGAAACAGAGGAGAGAUGUACUGGAGGUGAACAAACAGUGGGACAUUCAGUGGAAUUCUAUGAAGACACAGUUUGAGCAAAAGAUAACAGACCUGCGGCAGCGGCUCGCUGACUCCCAGAAGGCCGUACUUGAGCUUGAAGCAGAUCGUGAGCAGAAACAGCGAGACUAUGACAAAAAACUCCUCCUUGCCAAGUCUAAGAUCGACAAUGUGCAGGGUGAGAAGGAAUGCCUUACCUCAGAGACAUGCGAGUUGAAACAAAAGAUGCGCUACCUGCAAGACCAGUUGCUACCACUUACCAAACAAACAGAAUACCAGGAGAAAGAGAUCCAGCGGCUUAACAGGGCAUUAGAGGAAGCAUUGAACCUUCACUCUCCUUCCUCCACCCAGCCAGGCAUGAACCUGGGAGAGGGUGUGGCUAACCUGAGACAGCAGGAGCUGCACACACAGAUAGCAGUUCUGAAAGAGCAGGUCAAGAUCUUUGAAGAGGACUUCCGGAAGGAGAGAAGCGAUAGAGAGAGGAUGAAUGAAGAGAAAGAAGAUUUGAGACGGCAGGUGGAAAGGCUACAGGGUCAAAUGACUAAUCUGACUAAUCAGCUUCAUCAAGCACAGAAUGAGUGUCAGAGAGAGCGUGCAGAUAGGUGUAAACUGGAGCGACUGCAGAUGCAACACAAGCAGGGGCAACAGGAGAGGAGGACGUCUGAUCCCACAUCUGGCACGGCCAAUGGCCCCUUGAGCCCUCCAUACUGUGGCCCGUUUGUUCAGGUGGGCCAUCAGGGUUUAGAGGGGUGGCCCAUGCACUUCCCCCCCAGGAUGUCUAACAUCAGUACGGCACCCGGCAGGGACUUCCAGCCUGUCAAUCCAGGAUUUCCCUGGCAGACAUCCUUCCCGCAGCCACGUGGUUUUAGAGGACAAGCAGACACAGCAAGACCACCACCAGAAACUGCAGAAAUGGGAGCAGCUGGAUUUGGGAAAAGGGAGCGUCAGAACAUUGACCCUGGAAAGCACUAAACACAUACUUUCUCCUGGAAUGGCUCCCGGCUAGUAGCAUGAUGCAGUUUAUUUUCAAUCGGCAUGGUGUAAACUAUUUUUUUUUCCUACUGUGUACAUAUAUAUAUCUACCACUGAUACAAAUGUUGUUUAUAUACUUCAGUUUUAUAAUCCUGUUUGUGAAACACUGUUCUGGCAAAUUAAGAAUAUAUACAUUUAGUAUUUUUUCCUUUUUAUGAUUGAAGUUUAAAUUAUCUGCUUUAUAUAAUUCUAUGCAGGAAUUGAAGUCAGUUGUUUAAUGGAUUAAGUGACUGAACAUAAUUUUUUUAAACAAUAUACCUAUAGAGUUGAGUAAGGGGAGAAAUGUUUAACCUACACCACUUCAUUGAAUGAAAAUUACUUUGAAUUACACUUUAAUACAUAAAAUCUUAUAUUGACAACAGAAUUAACAGUUUUCAUGAAAGCAAGCUUUAGAAUAUUGAGCCUUUCAUCAUUGACAAAGACAAUUGUACAAUCUGAGAAAAGAUGAAAAAAGUCAGCAACUCUAUAGGUGAAUUGUCUUGAAAAUGUCCAACAGUUAGACUGUGACUGAUCUCAUUCAUGAUUGUCACACACUGUUGAAUGUGUCCACAUGUAUAUCACCACUGGGUGGCGUUACCCUCUGACUGUUCAUCUGCCCCACCAUUUAUUGAAGCCAUAUAUUACACCUGUUUAUCUAUUAGAUAAUGUUCAACAGAGUUCUGGGAUCACCUCAAAAUGCGUUUCAUAUGGCUUGUUGAUCUUUUAGAUGCUUAUGAUUGUAAUUGAAAUAAUUGAUCGAGAAGGGUCUUAAUCAGGUCCAAGUAAAUGGAUGCCAGAGGAAACAUAGUAGACUUAAUUUUGUUCAAGAUUCAGUGUUCAUAAACAUUAUUCUCAAUGUGCAAAUGGAAGUGAUAAGUUAUUUAUAAUCUAUUGUUUUGACCACUGAGUGUGGUUUAUUGUCUUAAGUAAUGUUGUAUUUUGUGUAUUGUUUUGUGUCUCCCUUUACAUAUUGUAGCUACUGGAAGCUUGUAGUUUGCGUGUUUGUGCAUGUACACAGUCACCGGAAGUGGACCAGAAUAAAUGCUAAGUUAAUGAUAUCACAUCAGUGCCACCCACUUUCAUUGGUCUCACUUCAUUGACUUAGAAAAUAACCAAAUCAUCAAAUGACCAAUUUGCAACAUGUAAUAUGUUUGGAACUUAAUGAUCAGGGUAAGAAUCAUGUCCUUUCUGCUUUGCAGUCAUAUGCCACCAUCAAGGCUGUUUUCUGCAUGUGUUCAAUCUCUCCAAAUGCAUCAACUAAUGCUUUGAACCAAACACAAAAUGGAUUGUAUGUUCAUAAAAUGUUCCAAAAGGCAAGCAAUUCAUUUGCUCUCUAACAGUGAUAUUUGUCAUGUAAAUGUAAAAGGCCAAUACAUAUAGGCAGACAUUUCUUUUAUAAACAUGUGGUUGAAUUUGAACAAUGGAAGUUAAUAUUAGUGUCUUCAAAUGAAAUGGAAAUGUCUGUGAGCUGGAUUGCACUCUGAGAUGUGUUCUUUAUUUACUCGUUCAUAUUAUUUACUGGUUGGCAGUUUUGUGCUUUUUGGAAUGACUUUUUCCUUCAGUGGGUGAAAGCAGCUCAUAUGUGAAACUUUUGUAAUUGAUUAGUAUAAUAAAUAUAUUCUAUCUGUCUAAACCUUCAAA